GACUGUUUUGUGGUAGUAAACGCUUGUCUGAAUAAAGGGCGUAAAUUCCAGGCCGUUUGUUGGUCAUUUUGUGUAAAUUAGCCAUAGAAUACACACACAUUAGCUUCGCAUUUUAGGGACAUUUGGUAGCGUUAUCAGCGCCGCCCUUGCCUGUCAUUGUCAUUUGACACGCCAUUUGUGAGAAACCUUUGUUCUUUCUCAAAAAAAUCAAUAAAAUACGUAAAAAUGGGCGAUCCGAGCCCAAGUGAUCAGUUAGAAGACGGUGAAAUAGUUGACGAUGAUGAUUUCGAAGCCAUUUCCGAUAAUUCCAUCAUCGAUUCAACUUUUGGUAAGUUUGCUUCAACUAACCAACAUUUACGUGCACCCCCUUUAAGUAGCGAUAGUGAAUCAGACAAGAUCAAAACUAAAAAGCUACUGCACCGUAAAUCAAAGCACCAAAAACGGCGCAAAAAGCGCCGAAUACCGUCGUCUGACGACAGUGACAGUGAUGUGUCACCUCCUCAAGAUCUCAAGGGCAAGUUAAAAGAGGCGAUCCACAUCAGUGGUAGUGAUGAGGGGCUCAAAAAACCCCUCGAGACACGACUCAAAGCCAUGGGGGGCCUGGCCGCGAGCGCCCCCGAGCCCCCCCAAAAAAACGAAGACACCUCAGAUAAAAUGGACGAUACUGAACUGGAGAAUUUGCGUUUGGAAGCGCUAAAGACCGCGAUUUUGAACAAAUUCCAACGCCGGAAGCGGAAAAAGGAAGAAACGCUCGAAAAUAAAGAGAAUGAUACGCCGAAAGAUGAGAAAAAAACGGAGGAAAAAAACCCGGUUAUUGACCUAGAGGAGGAUGAGGACGUGUUAAGGGCCUCCCUGUUGGCGGGCCUUGCGAAAAAUAUCACUGAGAAAAGUGUAACCACUAAACCACUUCCUCCACCACUUCCGAAACCAGUAGUAACUGCGCUUCCAAAACGGCCAAUAAAUAACUUUAAAACCACGAAAAAAAUCACAGUGACUAAACCAUUAGUUAAACCGUUGAUAAUCAAAGUGAGUGAUUCGGACAGUGACGAGGAAAUUGAACCGAAACCAAGUGCUCCACAAGCGCCAAAAAAAACCGACUUGAAUGUGAUUUCGAGCAAUGUUGAGAAAUUUCUCAAAGAGCAAAGAGCCAAAUUUGAAUCGGAGAAUAAAAAACGGUUUAAAAUCGUCAAUAACGAUAAGAGUAUCUUGGAAAAGUCCGCCGUUAAAUUGCUACCAAAGUCGCAACAGCUUGAAUAUCAGCAGUUGCUUAAGCGGCUCAGAAAUGCGGAAAAGACGAAAAAGGCACGGAAAAUUAACGUGCAAAAGACUGAACCGGCGAAAGUUGCAAGUGAAUGUGUGCCAAAGGCGUCAGUUGAAGUUACUGUGACGCCGGAAAAGGUGCAAGUUGAGGUAAAACCACAGACAAAUGGGGAAAGAAGUGACAGUGAGAAGAGGAAACGGAUCAUCAAUGAACUUACAACGUUGCAGAAGACGCUCAAGGAGAUCAAGAUGCAGAGGAAUGGAAGUUUGCAGAUAAAAAGCAAGUAUCAAACACUGACUCCGAUUAUAAGAAAAAUCACAGUGACCAGCAACGAGCGCAAGAAACAAGAGCAACGUAUCAAGACACUAAUGCGCGAUUUAAACGAAGCCAAAACCAAUCUUUCGAAAUCGCAUGAAAAAUUUUCCUCACUCGUUAAAGAAUUGAUUGAUAAAAAAGCGCAACUCGAUAAGAGUUAUGAUAAUAGAAAAAAAGAGAAUGGUAGUCUUGACAGCAAUAAAAAUGCACUUCCUGUCACUUCGACUCCAAUUAAAGCAGCAGAUGUCGGCGAUGAGGCGACAAUUUCCACUUUUGUUAGUAGUUCCACGAAUAAUGAGUGCGAGGAUAUGGAUGUGUGCAAUAGUGACGAAGCGGAUCAGAUUGAUAUUGUCGAUCCGAAUGAUAUAGACCAGAUUUUUAAAAGGCAAACGCCAAUAAAAUCGAGUGUUCCGGAAUACGUCUCGCCUCUUUGUUUUAACAAUUACGAAAGGUAUAGUCAUGUGGAUCCACUUGGAAUUAUGUGUCCGUAUGAAGUGAACGGUUCGUGUAGGGAUGUCGAUUGUACUUACAAACAUUAUCUCAAAAAUCACGAUAUUUAAGGCGGGUUGUUUGUACCUUCAUUACAGAUAUUAUACUUGUGAUCACUGUAGAUACGCGUGUAGUGUUCUAAGAACAAACGUGCCAUAAGUUGAAUACUUGAAACUGGAACAAAAUUUUUACAUCCAAAGUAUUUUUUUAUGGAUUAUUUCUAUUCUAGCGAUUUUAUAAUAAAUGUUGUUACAUAA